AUAAUAUAGUAAUUUUGGGAGUAAUUUGAAGAAGUUUUCUCAAAGACUUCUUCUCACCAGUAAACGAAGCUGUUGAGAAAUCAUACGUUAUAAAAGGAAAACAGCGAUCAUCUUCGUAAUACUAAUAAUCGUAAUUGUUAAAGGAAAAAGGGGAAAAAAAUGCGAAGGUUAGCUCUCACGCUCUCAAUCUUGUCUCUGCUACUAGCGAUUUCGCAAUCCUCAGAAUCCAAUGAAAAAUUCAAGAUAGAUGGGAAAGUGUUGGAACUCGACGAAUCGAACUUCGAUUCCGCCAUUUCCACCUUCGAUUUCAUCUUUGUUGACUUCUACGCCCCUUGGUGCGGUCACUGUAAGCGACUCUCUCCCGAGUUAGAUGCUGCUGCUCCUGUUCUUGCCGAAUUGAAAGAGCCUAUAGUUAUAGCAAAAGUAAAUGCUGACAAGUAUACACGUCUUGCUAGCAAAUAUGAUGUUGAUGGAUAUCCUACCCUCAAAAUCUUUGUGCAUGGUGUUCCUGUAGACUACUAUGGACCGAGGAAAGCAGAUUUACUUGUUCGUUAUCUGAGGAAAUUUGUUGCUCCCGAUGUUGCCAUACUUAGUUCCGACCUUGCUAUAAAAGAUUUUGUUGAAGCAGCUGGCACUAACUUCCCUAUAUUUAUAGGUUUUGGCAUGAAUGAGACAGUGAUAUCAACUUUAGGCAUAAAGUAUAAGAAAAAUGCUUGGUUUUCUGUAGCAAAUGAUUUUUCGGAGGACGUCAUGGUACGCUAUGAUUUUGACAAGGUUCCUGCUUUGGUAGCCCUUCAUCCUAGUUACAAUGAGCAGAGCAUCUUUUAUGGCCCCUUUGAAGAGAAAUUUUUGGAGGACUUCAUAAAACAAAAUUUUCUUCCUCCAGCUGUGCCCAUGAACCAUGAUACACUGAAGAUAUUGAAACAUGAUGAGAGAAAAAUUGUCUUGACCAUCAUGGAGGAUGAAUCUGAUGAAAAAUCACAAAAACUGAUCAAGUUACUGAAAGCUGCUGCAUCUGCAAAUCGUGACUUGGUAUUUGGUUAUGUUGGCCUCAAACAAUGGGAAGACUUUGCUGAAACAUUUGGUGCCAAUGAGGAUUCAAAACUGCCAAAAAUGGUUGUUUGGGAUGGAGAUGAGGAGUAUCUCUCAGUUAUUGGUUUAGACAGCAUAGAAGAGGAAGACCAGGGAUCUCAAAUCACACAUUUUGUUGAAGGAUACAGAAAAGGACAAACGAUAGUGAAAAAAGUCAGUGGUCCAUCAUUUAUGGGCUUUAUCAGUUCGCUAAUUGGCAUCAGAACUGUGUACAUAAUUGUGUUUUUGGUUGCAAUGCUAAUGCUUAUUCAAAGCAUUGGCAAAGAGGAACCUCUACGGGUUGGUACUCGAGACCAGGUUGACGAAGUCGCUAGUUCGGAAGCUGAAAGCUCCGAGUACAGACCAGGAGACAAGCAAGAUUAGGUUGGAUAUUGCAUUGGUAAGGAUACGUUUUGAGACGAAGUUCCAGUGGAGAAAGAGAUGGCAGACUGACUCCCCAGCUUCCCUUAUCCUGCUGCUAUAGAGAAUGAUUUAUGUCCAGAGCACUGUUGUGCCCUAGUAGGACUUUCUGUUUUGAGAACCAAUGUUGCAUCAGACAUGAAUUUUUUCAUACAACAGUUAAUAUUAUGAUUUGUGUUUAGGUUUAAAAGGUCUUUGUAUUUAUUUUUA